AUGGGCGUGGCCAUCUCGACUGGGACUGAACCUGUGGACAAAACCCCGCCGCCAUCGCUGCAGCAAUACUCAGCCGGGUCCACACACCCUCCUUCCGCGUCGGAGGCCCGACAGUCCCUCGGAGACCUUCGGCGAACCCACUCCGCCCUCGUACUCGUCCAGUCCCACGUCUCGUCGAAAAAGCGCCUCUUCCUCUCUAUGAGCCCCGCCGCAGCUCUGCCGAUUGACGUUCCCUCCUCGAGCUUCCCGAGCUCAGCUUUCGACGACCAAGCAUACCCACCCGUGCUGGCGCGCAUUCCAGCUCCGAUCGGGGGCGUCCCCGCCCCGCCCGACUUCGCGCCAUCCUGCUUGUUCGCCGUGCUCUAUGGACUCCUCGUCCCACUCGCGCUCUACCGCUCGUGCGCGCGCAAGUCGCGGAACCUGAUCGUGAUCUUCUCGCUCGUGGUCAUUGUGGAAAGAGUCGCCUUCUUCUCCACCCGCGCCGCGAUCUCGCGCUCGUUCUCCACGUCGACGCGCGCGUCCCCGGCCUACCUCGCCUACGCGCAGAGCACCCUCGCCGCUGGCUUCGUCUCCGUCGCCAAGGAUCUCGUCGGUGCCGUGCGCGCUCUCCUCGUGCACGAGCCCGUCAAGCCCCCGCGCGUCACACUCGUCCCUGCGCCGCUCCCCUCAGCGCAUGCCGGCCUCCCGCGUCUGCUACCGGUGUCGUGGAUAUGGUCCCGGCGGCAGUCGGCCUCGGCCUCACUCGCGGGUCCCUGGAUGACGCGCGAGCGCGAGCGCGUGGCGUACGAGACCGCCAGCGUCGCGCUCUCGCUCGCGUUCCUCGUCGCCCUCGCCCUCGCGCUCUCCUCGGGCGCCACGUACGCCAGGGCGCUCUUCUUCGAGUCCGCUGCGGCGCAGACGGUCUCUCUCCGGUACGCGAGCGCCGGCCUCGCGCUCGCGCUCGUCUCCGUCGUGCACGUCCUGGCGUACUGGGCGUGGGUGCGGAAUCCGGCCGCGGUCGCGCUGUCCUCGGUCCUGCUCAUCUCCGCCGUGUGCACCCUGCUGUCCGUGGUAGGGAUAUACAGGCUCGUCGUCGUCGGCCUCCUCACGGACGACAUACUCUCGACGGACGCCGGAAGCCUGAACGGCGUCGGCUCGAAGAUGGCGUUCUACGUCUUCCACGCCGCAGCGGAGUGGAUGGCGAUCGCUGUUCUGCUGUGUGCGAACGCGCGGGAGCGGUUCGGCGCCGUGUGGCUGCUCAGCUGUGGCGGAUCUGCAUGA